AUGUCUACAACAGCAAAAGUUCAAAACGAAACUGUUUGUAAACAACAACAACAACAACAGACCGAAAAGCAAACGGAUACAUUUUCAGUUAACGACAAUCAGAGCCUCCGCGAAUCCGGUACAAAUCUUGCUUUGAUUGACUUCUUGCAAUGUUAUGUUCGAAUCGAACCUUGCAAGAUUGAAGACUAUGGCAUCAGUUACAGUGAAGCUAUAGGUGCCACUUUCCAAACAUACGAGUCACUACCAGAACGAACUCCAAAGUCAAUGCAGCAACUACAAGACAAUGACCAGUCGAAUCAAUGUAUCACAUCAACGGCAGCUGAAUCAAACGAAGAGCAACGGUAUGAAGCACAGCUCAACUUCAACGACUACAAUAUGCUGAAGGACUACAUUCAUGUCGACUGA